AUCCCCAGCUCGUCUCUCGUCUUUGCGCACAAUGUCGACUGCACCAUCCACCCACAAGUUUGUCGUCUACGCACCAGACAUGACCGACCCGGACGCGUUCCAGCGUCGGCUGUCCGUGCGUCCCAGUCAUGUGGCAAGAGCCGACGGUCUGGUCAAUUCGGGCUUGAUAAGGGUCGGCGGUGCAAUGCUCACGCCAGAGUCCAUCGCAUCCCCUACAGCCGAAAAGAAGAUGAUUGGGUCUGUCAUCAUCUUCGAGGCUGACAGCAUUGAGACCGUAAGGAAGGCCAUCGAGUCGGACAUCUAUUACACUGGCAAUGUCUGGGACAAGGAGAAACUCGUGAUCCUCCCAUUCGUGACUGCGCACCUGUAGUCUGGAUGUUACUGCAUUGAGAGGUAAAUAACUUGUAUCUAUCACUAGCGCGCCAAAUGUAUGCGUCUGUAACAUGACUGAAACCUGUCUGCCAC